UGAGUUUUUGUGCUUUUGUAGAUAACAAGUUUAUCUACAUUAUCACAAAGUUUAUUGUAUCUCGAAACGCAUGCAUGUUGAAAAAACACAAACAUUUCGCUUGCUAUCGACAUACAGCUUGUAAUCAUUCUGCAAAUAUUGAGCCAUUUAUAAUUGCACCGAAAAUAUUUGGGCCAUACAUCAAAGAUAAAAACUUCUCACGAUUCUCGAUACAAGAUCUUCAAGGCGUUGUCUUUUCAAUUUCUGUAUUGCUUCUCCCAGUGGCUGUCGUGUUUUUCGUCAGUGUCGAUAAAUCAUGGCUUACGAAUACCUUCCAAUAACAGAUCCGACUUGGAUCGAAACAAAAGAGCAGCUCAAUGUUAGUGAUUACAUUCAGGUGAGGCCAACAAACUGUGCGGAUGUUCCAAUUGGUAUCCCGAACUGGGAACCUCAACCUUGCUGUCUCUCGGAACUGUUCAAAAAUUGGGAACAGGAGCUCCGCACCUUCGAAGUAAAGUCGGAUGACGUUUGGGUGGCCUCGUACUCCAAAAAUGGAACCACCUGGACCCAGGAAAUGGUAUGGUUGAUUUGCAACAAUUUGGAUUUCGAAACGGCUCGCAAUACCCACCUCCGGCUGCGGUCGCCCUUUUUGGAAAUUUCAACUCUCCAUAAAGAUCGUGGAAAUGCAUUCGAAUUGUUGAAAAAGAUGCCUGGUCCUCGAGUCAUCAAAACACAUCUUCCUGUAGGUCUUCUGCCUCCUCAAAUAUGGUCAGUGAAACCUAAAAUUGUUCACGUUAAACGAAACCCCAAAUCGGUAGCCGUUUCCUACUUCCAUCACUCGAAAAUGACUCACUUCAAGGGUGAUUUGGACCAGUUCAUCCAAUUGUUAAAAAAAGAUCUUCAUUACUUUUCACCGUAUCAUUGCCAUGUGAUCGAGUACUACGAACUUCAAAACUAUGACAACAUUCUGUAUCUCUGCUACGAAGAUAUGAAACGGGAUCUACGAUCGUCAGUACUGAAAACUUGCGAGUUUUUCGGCAAAACUUAUACGGAUGAACAAAUCGAUAAACUUUGCCAGCAUUUGUCAUUCGAUUCGAUGAAAGCCAACGAUACGGUUAAUUAUAAGGACUUUGGAGGAGAAGGAAUGUUCAUGCGGCAGGGUACGGCUGAUGGUUGGAAAAGGGAACUGAACGAUCACCAGAUAGCCGAAAUUGAUCGUUGGACUGAAAGCGCUGUAGAAGAAAAGUAUCGUCACCUGUUCAAUGCAUAAUUUUAAUCUGUUUUUUUAGUGUGAUAAAGGAAAAAUUAAGAAGAACAUAAUAACUUCGAAGGUUUUGGUGUGUAUUUUUAAAUGUAGUGCAUAGUUUAUAUUGUAGGAUUUUUCAUUCAGGAAUUCACUCCGAAAAAAUCCGUAGGUACAAAAUUGCAGGCAUGAUGAAAAUUCACAAAUCAGACCUAUUCUGGUUAUAAAAAUAAAAUGAUCCCAAACAACCAAGUGCUUCGAACGACAAGGAAAAACUGAACUUGACCCAUAUUUCGCUAACGCUUCUCCGUUUGUUUGUAAUCAAAUUACAAACAUGACACUGCUUCAGUAAAAUAACGCCAACCAUUACAGAUAAAAGCUUAUCUAGAAGCCGGGUGAAAGAUCUGCUCAAAGCUCUUUUCAAUCUCACUCAGCUCCCAUUUCUUCGGAAGUCUAUCAAUUCGUUUCAGUUAGUCUCGAGUCUCGAGAGAACAUGGCGUUCGAAUACUUACCAAUAACCGAUCCAACAUGGAUUGAAACAAACGAACAGUUAAACAUUAGUGAUUACAUUUUAGUGAAACCAAAAAACUAUUCCCAAGUUCCCAUUGGCAUUCCGAAUUGGGAACCUCAACCUUGUUGCCUGUCGGAACUGUUCAAAAAUUGGGCACAUGAACUGCACCAGUUUGAAGUGAAGCCCGAUGACGUUUGGGUAGUCACGUAUCCCAAAAAUGGAACCACUUGGGCUCAGGAGAUGGUUUGGUUGAUAUGUAACGAUUUGAACUUCGAAACGGCACUCAACACCCACCUGCGACAGCGCUCACCAUUUUUCGAAAUUUCCACUUUAGAUAAAGACCGCGCAAACACAGUUGAGUUCUUGAAAACUGCACCGAGUCCUCGGAUAAUCAAAACGCACUUCCCCGUGGCUCUUCUACCGACUCAAAUAUGGACGAUGAAACCUAAAAUUGUCCACGUCAAACGAAAUCCCAAAUCCGUUGCGGUUUCCUACUAUCAUCAUUCGAGGAUGGCUCACUACAAGGGCAGUUUGGAUCAAUUCAUUGAAUCGUUCAAGAAAGAUCUCGAAUACUAUUCGCCUUAUCAUAGCCAUGUUAUCGAAUACUACGAGCUUCAAAACUAUGAGAACAUUUUGUAUCUCUCCUACGAAGAUAUGAAACGGGAUCUACGAUCGUCGGUCCUGAGAACUUGUCAGUUUUUUGGGAAAACUUACACCGAUGAACAAAUCGAGCAGCUUUGUCAACAUUUAUCAUUCGAUGCGAUGAAAGCCAACGACAACGUUAAUUACAAGGAUUUCGGAGGCGGAAAGUUUAUGCGUCAAGGUUCGGCUGACGGUUGGAAGAGGGAGCUGAACGCAGAUCAGAUAGCCGAAAUUGAUCGAUGGACUGAGAGUGUUGUCGAAGAAAAAUAUCGAUACCUAUUUGAAGCAUAAAUUGAAACAGUCUAUUCAAUGCGAGAAUUUAAUUGAA